GAAAGGGCAUAAGUCAACUUUUUUGAAGAAAUGAGUUACAUACAGGAUGCCAAUCUGUGGGUGUAUACGCAUCGUUUAGUUACUAAAAGGCACUAGUCUGAUGCAUGGAAGUGGGUUUACCGACCGCCAGAAAAUUUAGUUUAGUUAUGAAAAGGAAUUAGUCAGUGGACUUAUGUCCUUUCAUAACCAAAUGAUUACAGCUAUUAAUAAGUGGACUUAUGUCCUUUCAUAACCAUAUAAUUGCAGCUAGUUACAAAGAGAAAACAAAUAGCAGUAUACUCUUCCGACCUCUUUGGCAGUAUCAUGCAGUGUUGCAUGCUGGUAUAUUCUGCUAUCAUUUGUUUUGUUGUGUACUUUCAGUUACUUUUGGUUUGUUUACUAGUAGAAAAUGAGUGAAAUGGAGUAUAAUAAGACUUGUGUGGAAAAUGAUUGUAACCAUUCCAUGAAACGUAAAAAAGGUGUGCGAAAUGUGGAAGAAUACAAAUGUCAAAGAAUUAAACGAGCUCGUCUGCAAGGAAAGGAGUAUGCAAACUACAGAGGGAAUGUUGUGAAAACUAAAAGUACUACCGAGUCGUGCAGAUGUGCAAGAAAAUGCUAUGACAAGAUUGACAUUGCACAGAGAGGGAAAUUACUUGAUGCUAUACAUUCCUUUUCAUGCAAGAAUGAGCAAGACAUCUAUCUUCAAGGUUUGCUUGACGCUGUGCCAAUUAAACAUCGCCGACCAAGGAAUGGUGACAAGUCUGGAAAAAGGUCAUCCUCCUUCACUUUCCAUGUAGUUAUUCAAGAACGAAGAGUGAAAGUGUGCAAGAAAGCAUUCAUUCAGUUAUAUGGAGUAUCUGCCAAGAGGGUAAGGAGACUGCAAACAUUGUUACUAUGUGGACAAACUCCAAAAGACAUGCGAGGCCAACAAAACAAUAGGAAGUCGGUGCCUGUUGGUGAUGUUCAGGCCAUCAAAGACCACAUAUCUUCAUUUCCUGUCAAGAUAAGCCACCAUGCAUCCAAAGAAUAUAAAUAUCUUGAUGCGCAGUUGGAUAUAAAGAAGAUGCAUACACUGUUCAAAGAGAAAUUUCCUGAUUGUAAAGUUAAGUAUUCUUUCUAUUACAAGAUUUUCAGGGAAAAUUUCAAUCUCCACUUUGGGAGACCACAGAUAGACACCUGUGGAGAAUGUGAACAACUGAAGGUCAAGAUAAAAAAUCCUAAUCUUAAUGAAUGUGCUAAGCGAGUUGCCAUGGCCGAGCUGGCCAUUCAUGAAAGAAGGAGUAACAAGUUUUACACAAGCAUGAAAGACACGAAACACAUUUGCAAAAACAAUGAUAGUGUGUUAGGGUUAACGUUUGAUUAUAUGCAGAACAUUUCACUGCCCUGCAUUCCAGUACAAGAGCUUUUUUACUAUCGCCAGCUUUCGGUGUUUCCCUUUGCCAUACAUAACCUGAAAACAGAUGAGGCGAGUUUAUUUUUAUAUCACGAAGGGCAGGCAAAUAAAGGGCCAAAUGAAACAUGCUCUUUUCUCCACAAAUACAUAAGUGACAACGUGCCUCCAUGUGUUAAAGAACUGCACCUUUACAGUGAUGCUUGCGGAGGGCAGAAUAAGAACAAUUGCAUGGUAAGAUUCUUGUUAUCACUUACUGACACCAACAGAUUUGACAUUAUUAUCCAUCGGUUUCCGAUACGUGGUCAUUCAUAUCUUGCUUGCGAUCGUGAUUUUGCACUGGUGAAACGUGUUCUUAAAAAGACUGAUAGAUACUAUGUACCCAUGGAGGUCUGCCAACUUAUUACAUCUGCAGGAGUUCCUGGAAAAUUCACAGUCAACAUGGUAACAUCUGAUGACGUGUUGGACUUCAAGAAUUGGUGGCCCAGCCAUUACAAAAAGACAUGCUUAUCAUUGGAAAGCCAGAGUAAAGCAGUUCCGCGAAGCCAGAAGCAAGACUUUGCUGUAUCAAGGUUUGUAGAGUUCCAGUACAACAGUCGCCAUAAAGGUACUGUAGUUGCUUCCGAAUUCAUUGGCGGCCUUGUGUCACAUACUUUUGUGCUUCGUCAAUCAUCCGACAAAAGUUUGAAUCCUACUAUUCCUGUUCAAAAGGCGUAUCCUGCGAAAAAUGUGCCAAUUAAUGCAAAGAAGAUUAUUGACUUAAAGAAGGUUCUCCGUUAUGUUCCAGGUGAACACAGAGACUUCUACGAUGAGAUUAUCCAGUGGCCUACCAAGCAAACAGACUGAGCUACCAUGCCAUUGUAACAGGCAUUGUUACAUAAUAACAUACAAAGUGUGAAGUUAUAUUAACACCUUUUGUACAUGUUUUCAAAACAAUGUGUAGUCUUACAUCACUGUUGUUUAAAGUGAAAUGAUGCUUUAGUACAUAACUUUUGUGGUGUUGUUUAAAGAGGGUAUGCCUGUGAUGUUAUGCAUUAUAAGGUCAGUGAAAAUGGCGUAAAGUGUUCAAUAAUAUGGUGUACACGUUUACUGAACUAUAUCUAGGUUGAAUUACAUCAUUGUAUUUCGAUUGGAAUAUUUUAUUACAUAAGUUUUGUUGACUUGCAAGGUUAAGUUAUAAAAGGGCCUAAGUCUGUGAUAUUUAACAAUUUUUUUCUCGCAGGUAAUGAAACACUUGCAAAGCAUGCACUUGUCAAUGUAGUGACAUUUAGGUACAGAGUAGUAAAAAAAUAUUAAUUUUGAUGUAUGAAACUUAUAACAGAUAUGAUAUAGUUUUUUGCAUAUUCCCACAACUUUUAGUGAAUUGACAUGCCUUUUCAUAAAUAAGCGAUUCAUAUUGGAAUCCAUUGUUUCAGAUAUAUUUAUAAAAAUUUUGUUUUGUGUUGUGGAAGUUUUAAGAACGUAUGUAGUCCGCCCGUUUUUGUAACACGAUUUUAUAACAAAUACGCAUCCCAAAUACACAAAACUUAUUUAUAACGUGUUACAAUAUUUUUUAAAACAUUGUGUAAAAGAUCCCGGGUGUAAUUUGGAUUAUUAUGUGCAACUGUAAAACACCAUUGUUCGUUAAAAACGUAUUUUAUAUUCAACAUUACUUUUAAAUAACCAUACCGAUUGUGCUGAAAAUCGGUGGACGAUCAUUAAAUUACAUACUUAAUAUUAAUAAAUCAAACGACGAAAAUAUGAUUGAAAAGUCAAAUCGAUGGUUGUUCCAAUCGAGUGGAAGAGAGAUGCCACGCAUUCGUACAAUGAGCAUAACAGGACACAUCCGUAGUGGAACAUCCGUAGUGGGACAAUGUGCGUUACGGGACACUUUUUCGUGCGUGCAGCCGGCGUUCAUAGAUUUAUUAGACGUUGUCACGUCAAUAUUUAUUGUCGUCUAAAAAUAUUAACGUAAUUAUUAUGAAGAAAGAGAAACUAUUUUUUUCCUUCCUAUAAAUGGCAUUGAUUUAGGCUCAAAUACUAUUUUUUAUUUUUUUUUGCCCGGCUUGAUUUUAUGUUGUUUUUCUGUAGAUCAUUUUGGAUCGGCUCAAGACUAAGGCUCGCCCAUCUCUAGAAGAAACAAUAAAAAAACAAUUAUUGUUUCCAUGUAGGUACCAAAACGUUUUGGUUAUUGAAUCUAGAUUGUGAACAAUGCCUAUUCCCAUGGAAAAUUUCAGUCCGAUUAAAAAUGACUUCGAUUCGCAUGGCAUAUUUGCGUUUUGGACUAUUGGUGAGAUUUAAUUUAUGUUGGCUCACAUAAAAUAAACAAAUAAGUAAAUAAAAACAAACAGCUGUUUUCAUUCUGCCACAUAUGGAAUUAAAAUUCCACAAGUAAAUUUAAUGGACACGAUAAAAGUGUUGUUAUUCCUGAUUAUGUGGCAACUGUAGCCGGAAAAAAAAUGCAUAUUUCAUUAACUUUCCAUCCCUUCCCAAUACAAUCCGCGUUUCCAUAGCAUUUUAUGUUCGACUCAGUCCGUUAGGUACUAUUCCAAUUGGUGUAAUGACAUUGAGACAUAACGUUUUGAAACCCGUUUCCGUGGCCAUUUUGAAAAUGGUAAGCAUUUUAGAAAGGUUAUUGAAUCUAUCUGGAAACUUAGUAAUUUAGUAAUAUUAACUUUCAACUCGUGAUUAACUUAUUAGUUAUAAAUCUUACCUGUAUUGAUACACCUGUCAUUGUCAUAUCAUCUCCACUUCCGUCUUGCUUCGGCACUUUAUUAAAAUACGAAAGUAAAUUACUUCCUUUCCUUUUUUUGUCGCACAUAUCUAUACUUUACGUGUAACAACGAGCUGUUGAUACUGUUGCUUGUUGCACACAUCCGUGACCACUGCUGUAUGCUCGCCCUCCCUACCUCGUAAGGUCACAAGUCUCCUACCCCUGCCCCUCGCACGUGUGCCAUUUCCCUCUUCCGCUGCACACUCGUCGUGGCCGAGUAGUAGCAGGCAGUGCUGUGACAGUUGAAGGGUGUGGCUAUUUGAAAGGGAGUUGGCAGCAGGGGCUGACCAACUCGCACCCCUGCUGUGACAAGGGUAAGCCAGGUAGCCAGCCCUCAGAAACUCACAAACAACUGUAAAAAGAAAAGUCUUUGACCUGGCAACAACUUCCUUCCUAUGAAGCACAAAGAUUUUCCAUCUUUCCACUAAGCACUGGAACCGAGUAAAUGUUACUUCUCUUUGUCCUCAAUACCAUUGUAAAAUAUUAAAAUUGAGGUAAAAUUUUGUAUGAAUAAGAUAAGUGUAGGAGUAUAUUUUAAAAUAAAUAACAAUUAUUUAUGCAAACUUUAUAUUUAAAAAAAAUAAGAUUUAACUUUCGGGGGGAGGGGGGAGUAUGGCCCCCUUGGCAACCCCUCUGGCUACGCCACUGUUACAAAGGCAUUUUCAUGUUUAGGGCUAUACCUUGGCUUGCACUGAAACUUCAGAUGUCCUUUCUUGCCACAUUCAAAACACUUUUGUAAGUCUUUAUCCUCUCUGCAUUGGUUUGCCACAUGUCCCAGGAAUCCACACUUGAAAUACUUUAAUCCCCCUGUCUUCUUGACUGUGUUCCCUUUAUAUGAUCCUGCCACCAUAGCCACAUCCUCAUCCUUGAUUUUAGACCUUAACUUCUCUUCUUCCACUAGUUUCUACAGAUUCCCAUGCUGUCACAAAGUGACCAAAUCUCUCUGGCAGUGACAAUAUUUUUGUAAUCGUGAACUGUUCUGACACUUCUUCUCCUGCCUGUUUAAGCAAGUGACACAAUUCUUGUAUUUUUGACAAAUAUGUAGACAUGUCAUAACCCUGCUCGUACUUAAACUGAAAAAAACAUUGUUGCAGUAAGUGUACACUUGUACUUGACUGCUGCUCAUACACACUAAGAAGCUUCAUCCACAUCUCGCUUGCAGUGGUGCAAGUAAGUAUGUGCAUCAUUGCAACCUCACUCAAACACAUUACAAUAAUACUUUGAGCCUUUGCAUCUCUUUUUUGCCACUCACCUUGAUCUUUUUCCGGUUUAAUGUCUGUUCCAUCCACAACUGAAAAAAGAUUCAUUCCCUGCAACAACACCGACACCUGGAACUUCCAAACGUUCCAAUUAUUCUGCUCCUCCAACUUUAUCGCUCCCAUGGUAUUCAUCCCUAGCUGCUCCAUUUUUCCGGGGUCAACAGCACCGACGAUAAAUGGUUGACGACGAAAGAGACUGAAUGUGUAGAGGAAGUGCGGGUAUUAUGGAAUAGGCGGGUAAUAUGGAAUAGGUGGAUAUCUCAGCUGUAAGGUGCUGAAACCUGUGAGAGAGCGGUCGAACUACUUCCCUGUGCUCGCUAGAGGCUAUGAAUUCAGUCGCAUGAACGUCGGUCGUGUAUGGGCAGUUUUAUAAUCAAUUGUUUGGUUUUUGCAUUUGGAAAGUUUUUGCAGGUGAGUGUUUGAUAAAUGUUAACAGUAUUUAGAAGUUUCUUAACACUGUUAAUCAUGAUGUAUGAUAAAGAGUAAUAGUCCGCAGUGUUAUUUCCAAGAAUGUAGUCUUUUCAUUUUCAACUAGUAAGGUUAGGAGAACGGCAAAUUUUAAAUAUGGCGAGUCGGGUAAUAUGGAAUACCUACUAUUCCAUAUUACCCGACGAAAAUUUAGGUAUUCCAAAUUGACCGCAAUUUGAUUAAAAAGUAAAUGAACGCUAUUAAUGUUUAUUUAACGCUUAAGAACAUAAGUAAUAAUAUGUAUUUUCCAGUUAUUGUAAGAAAUCAGUGUAAUUACAAAUUAUAAAUAGCUUCGACUUAGGUAAAUGUAAUUGUUUUAAGCUUAAUAUUGUUGUAUGUAAGACCACUUAACAAACAAUUAUUGCUAUAGUGCUAAAAAUAAUACAUGCACAAAAAAUGCAAACUAAAUGUUCUAAUGGCUCUCGUUACAGCUUAUUGUUUAGGGAGUUGUAAUUUUUCAAUAUUGCCAAUGCAUGCUCGCACAAUUAGAGCAGAAGUCACCUAAUGUAGCCUUUUAGGCUUAUGCAAUGUUAUUCUAUGCAUGUGCCAAACUUGAAUGCUACUUUUAGGCGUUGUAAAUGUCAACUUGUGCUAAUACAUUAGUUGCGUAUAUGCUAAAUAAAUUUUUGUGGAGCCAGGUUUUCAACUACUUAUGACGACCAUUACGAAACAAGGGGUUAUAAUACCUAUAGUCUGUUUUUUUUCUAUCUUCCAGAGAUGGGUAAAAAGAAAGACAAAACUAAGAAAAGGAAGCUUUGGAAGGAGGAUCAAAUGGCAAAAGCAAUCUGCGCUGUUAGGGAGAAGAAGAUGGGAUACCUCAAGGCAUCGAAAGUGUUCCAGGUACCAAGGGCUACACUUUUUAGACUUGCCAACAAUAAGGUGCUAGACACCAAGAAAGCAGCAUCUACAAAACUUGGUCGUAAGCCAUUGUUUACCCCUGAGUUGGAGGAAGAGCUUGUGAAGUACUUAGUUGAAAUGGAAGCCAUGUUUUAUGGCCUUACCAGCAAAGAUGUUUGUAUAUUAGCAUUUCAGCUAGCUGUGCGCAAUAACUUAGCCCAUCCAUUUGGACAAAAUGACAAAGCAGGGAAAGAUUGGUUUCACGGGUUUAUGACAAGGAAUAAGGACAAGUUGUCUAUUCGCAAGCCAACGGGUACAUCAUUUUCCAGAGCCAAAGGGUUUAACAAAGAAGAAGUGAGUGCGUUUUUCGAUCUGCUGGAAAAACAGUUUGAGAAGCAUAACUAUUCUGCAGAUCGCAUCUUCAAUGUCGAUGAAACUGGUUUGUCGGUAGUGCAAAGUAAAAUCCCUCAUGUUGUAGGACUUCGUGGGAAACGUCAAAUCGGGGCCUUGACAUCAGCGGAAAGAGGGUCAUUAGUAACUAUCAUUCCAUGUAUGAGUGCUGGUGGUCAAUUUAUUCCACCUCUAAUUAUUUUCCCCCGUAAAAACAUGAAUGAACAACUUAUGAGAGGUGCUCCACCUGGCUCUAUCGCAACAUGCCACCCUAGUGGCUGGGUUCAAACAAACAUUAUUACUAAGUGGUUUGAGCAUUUCCUGCGACAUGCAAAACCCACAAAGGAAGCUCCGGUUUUGUUGGUACUGGAUGGCCACUCUACCCACAAGAGGAACAUUGAACUUAUCAACAUGGCGAGAGAAAAUCAUGUAACGAUUAUCUGCAUACCACCUCACACAACACACAAGUUGCAACCGUUAGAUAAAUCGUUCAUGGGACCUUUGAACACCCACUUCAGUGAAGAGGUUCGUACAUUUCUGAGACAUAGCUCACGGCCAUUCAGUGUGUUUGACAUUAUGGAAUAUUUUGGACGUGCUUAUUUAAAGGUACAAAGAGGUGAAAUUGCAGUGAAUGGUUUCAAGGCCACAGGAAUCUAUCCAGUAUCCAGGAAUAUAUUCAUAGAGGACGAUUAUCUGCCUUCUGCUUUGACCUUCACGCAACGAAAACAAAUUACCGAAUCACCUUCAGCAUGCAAUGAUCCAUCCACAGAUGUCGAUACCAGCCCUACAAUUUUUCCAGUUCUAUCAGUUGCUGGUUGUUCGAAAACGCCUGAUUUGGUCUUACCUAGUCAUAUUUCUCCUGCUCCACCCGCAAAAAAAACAUCAAACAGGGGUAGAAAGCCAGGAACUUCCUCUGUCCUCACUUCGUCACCAUACAAGUCUAAGUUAGAGGCGGAUAUAACUGCAAAGCAAGUCAAAUGUGGCAAAGUCUUGAGUAAUGACAUUGAAAAAUCAAAGAAGAAAUUACACUUGAAGCAAGCUCUUGUGCCGAGCAAAAAGAUAAAAAUUAGCGCAGAAACGUUCCUGUUCGUCGAAUCCAACAGUGACAACCAAACUUUCAUCUCAGAUAAGUCAUCCGAGCUGGACUUCAUACCCACAUCAACGCCUGAUUCUGGGGAUGCUGAGUGCAUAUUUUGUCAAGGGAUGUUUUCACAGGACUCACGAGGAGAAGUGUGGGUGCGGUGUUUGUCAUGUUCGUUAUGGGCACAUAAUGACUGUGCUGGUGCGGAAAAAAUGGAUUACAUUUGCGAUUUUUGUAAGUGAUUUAAAAAAUAUUAUUUUGUAAUUUACACACUCCUCUUCUAUUUCUUUCCCUGUUAAGUAAGAAUAUCUUUAUUUAGCUUGACAAUAUCCGAUUUUGGUAUUGCAAAGUGCAGUGUUUGUCAUGUUAUUUAUGGUCACAUGAUGACUGCGCUGAGGUCAGCAUAAAUGCUUGCAUUUGGGUUUUUAUUAUUAUAUUAUAUGUUUAUGUAUGUUUUUCAUUGAAAGGCAUGUAUAUUUCCUAAAUAACCUUCAUGUGACUUACAAUUAGGUUUACGUUUCCUUAAUAACUAUGCAUAUUCCAUAUUACCCGACUAUUUCAUAUUACCCUCCAAUUGUGUUUUUUUGCAAAAAUGAUAUUUUACUGUACUUCUUACAUGAUUUUGCUGUCCGUGUGUAUCCAGAUAUAUCGUCAUAACUGUAAAUUUUACCUGCAUGCAAUUUCAGAUUAUAAGCUCUUUCCUUAAACUCAACAACCUUGAAAUAAAAAUGGUAUUCCAUAAUACCCGCACUUCCUCUACCACACCCCGGUACCGCUACUCCUCAGAAGCUUCCCAUGCCGCCAUUACCACUCUGCAGAGAAACAUGUUGCCGGCCUACACUAUUUAAACAUCGCUGGUGCGAAGAUCACUCAUGAGUGUUAUAAGCAUCCUGGGCCCAUAACCUGUUGUCAGUCUUUCACAAAAAAAGACACGCCGUGAUGCUGUUAACCAUAUCCUCUUAUUCACAUAGUAACAGACAUUCUCCCACACACCUUUUCCUCCAUUUUCUAACUCUCUAAACUAAAGCAGUGCUACCAACUUGGUAGCUACAAUUAUACCUACGACACAAAAUAUCUUUAUUGACGAUAACAUUAACAAGUAAAAUAUCAUUAGGUAUGUUUAACUAAUUUUAACAUUUCACCUCCAAAAAAAAUUUGCUCUGUGAUUUGUACAAUAAAAACAUUGA